CCUGUUUUGGGCCUGUGCUCGGCUGGCCUCGCCACACAACACAACACCCCACCACCACCACAAGCCAUGUCCGCUCCGAAGGAGACGACGACAUCGUCCCUGCCUGUGGAUGAGAGUCGUGAGGCCGUGGAAGCGGCAAUCCAGUGCGCAGACUCAACGCGGCAGGUCGCAGAGGACGAAGAUGUCACCGUCAACCGCAGCGUCAACGGCAUCCUCAUGCAAUACGCCAACAACACAAAGAUUGAGGUGUUGAGCAACGAAGCAACCCGCGUGAAGCUGAGCGACGGCACAGUCAUCGAGAAGUUUCCCAAUGGUGCGCAGACCAUCUCGCUGCCAAACGGCGUCGUUGUCGAAACAAAGCCCGAUGGCACAAAGAUGAUCCGCAGCGCCAGCUCCGACAAGAUCGUGAAGGAGUUCCCAGACGGCAGAAAGGUUGUCUUGAGUGCCGACAGCGCGAGCGAGGAUGACCGUGCCGCCACCACCAUCUCCCAGCCCCCACCAGACGACCUCGACGAGGACACGACGAGCGACGAGGAGGAGGAAGAUGCGUUGGUGGAGGCGCUCCAGUCGCUGGCGGAGCAGGACGACGAAGACGACGACGACGCCGAUGACGGCGACGAUGGGGACCGCAUCAGUGCAACUGCCGCCAGCGGUGCUGAUGGCAGUGUUGCUGCCGCCCGUACAGGCAGUGUCUCAAAGCACGCCGCCGCUGCUGCUGCGACUGGUGGUGUUCGCAGCGUUGUUGAUGGGGAUGUGGUCGGCACUGGGCACGGUGAUGGUGCGGCGAUGGCGCAGGGCCAUAUGGGGGAGCGGGCAGGAAGCGUGAGUCGGACAGCGAGCAAGGACGUGGAUGUGCCCAUUCACAACAGCAUCAUCGUCUGCGGCUGGCUCUGGAAGGAGGGCGGGCAGAUCAAAUCGUGGAAGAAGCGCUACUUCCAGCUCACCGAAUUCAACAUGCUCGAAUACUACGACCGCGAGCCGCACCGCGGUGGGCGGUUCAUCAAUGUCAUCGAUGUGUUUGGCGGGCAGGUGACGCCGGCGGAUGACGCGCGUCGCCCCCACAGCUUCCACCUCUACGUCUCGUGCGAACCAGGCACCGUCAGCAACAAGCGCAGCAAGUACAAACUCGCCGCGCUCUCUGGCGCCGAUCGCGAAGCGUGGAUGGAGAAACUGCGCGUGAGUGCUGCGAGCAAAGAGCGGAAUCUGACGAGUGUGGAGCAACGACCCGUUGUGACGCGGAAAUUCGCCAGCCGCGUGGUGUCGCUGGCAAAGGGGCCCUCGCUCACCAACACCGUCCGCAAGCUUGUCUCAAAGAAGAAGGUCCGCUAUCAGCGCGAUGGAUUCGACCUCGAUCUCACAUACAUCACGCCGCGCAUCAUUGCGAUGGGGUACCCUGCGGAGGGGACGGAGGCCGUGUACCGCAACAGCUACGAAGACGUCUACCGCAUGCUGCAGGAGAACCACGCCUCACACUACAAGGUCUACAACCUCUGCUCCGAGCGCGCGUACCCGGCAUCCCGCUUCCACAACCGCGUCGCAGACAACAAGCUGCGGCUGACGCGUCAGGAAAUUGACGGCGCGCACAAACGGAAACACCUCAAGAUCUUCAACCCAAGCUUUGCGGUGACGCUGUACUUUGACGAUGUCGAGUGGGCUAGCAAGGACACAGCAACCACAACAACACAAGACGGCAACGACGACAACGAUAACAUCAACGACGACGCCACACCAACCACCACAACUGCUGCUACGAACGAAGACGACGACGAUGCUAACACCACCACCACCACCACCACCGCGGCUGCCACGGCCACACUGAAGCCGGUGCAUCCUGCGAGCAUGCGGGUGAAGAGUGGCAUUUCACGGACGUCGCGUCCGGGAUCGCUGGUGCCGCGAAGAGGGGCGCCGCACGUGUCACCCCCACAUGCUCAAGAUACACGUGCAGCUGAGGCUGAUGCAGGUGAGGCCGAGACAGAGGGUGGUGCAGAGGGCAUUGCAGAGGGUGGCGAUGAUGAUGGUGCUGUGGAGGAGCAGGCCACUGCAGACAAGGGGAUGGUGAAGGGCGAAGAGGCAGAGCAGCCGCAACAGCAGGAGGAAGAGAUGGAAGGGAAGGAGGGCAUGCAAGAGAAGGAGGGUCCAGCGCAGGAGUCGUCGCCCACCGAUGACCAAUGA